AUGGAUCAGAGCGAGGGCUCCGCCAAGGUUGUGCGGGGCAGAGGCAGGAACAAGAGGAAGUGGACAAUGGACGAGGACGAGGAGCUGGUCAGGGCCCUCUGCGAGGUGUCCACCGACGCCAGGUUCAGGGCCGAAGGAGGGGGCUUCAAGAACUGCUACACCCAGGGGAUAGAGAGCCUGCUCGCGCAGCGGCUGCCCGGCCGCGGCAUCAAGGCCAGCCCGCACGUCGACUCCCGGCUCAAGGUGCUCAAGCGCAAGUUCCACGCGAUCAAGGAGAUGCUCGCGUCGCCGGGGUUCUCCUGGGACGGCUCCAGGAAGGUCGUCCGGUGCGAGAAGCAGCGAUACGAUGAGUACUGCAAAGAUAAUCCUAGAGCUAGGGGGAUGUAUGGUGUUCCAUUUCCGCAUUUCGAUGUGUUUGAUGCGGUGUAUGGCAAGGAUAGAGCCGCUAGAGAAGUGGUGGAAGUGUCCGAGGAGGCGACCGCCGACAUGGAGAAUGGGAAUACGAGUGAGGCCGGAGAUGAUGAAGGGGAGGAAGAUGGGGUGUCCGAUGGACCGUCCGGCCGACCCUUGGACGCUACGUCGAGCUAUGAGAAACGGAAGAAUUGUAAGUAUGGCGGUAAGAGGAAGAGGGCUGAAUCGAAUUGCCUGUCUUCGGACACGUUGAAGGAUGUGCGUGGUCACUAUCAGCGCGCCAGCCAGCAUGUCGACACGAUGGCGGAAGCGAUGGAGCUGUUCAAGGAUGUACAUCGUCACUUUCAGAGCGUUGUUCAGCAUGUCGGCGCAAUGGCAGCGGCAAUGGAGGCGUUCAAGGGCGCAUAUGAUCAAUUCCAGAGCGUUGUUCAGAAUGCGAGCACCGCCACAACAGCCUUGGAGCAGUUCAAGGAUGCACAUGAUCAGUUUCGAAGUAUCACCCAGAAUGGCAGCGCGACUGAAGCAGCUAUUGAGCCUCAUGCUGAUCUGCGAGAAAGGUUGUCGCCUGAGGUGCCCCAACAGGAUGCCAGAGUAAGGGCCAUUGCCGAGAUGCAAAAGCUUGGGUUUACCGGGAGCGAGGUGGUCAGCGCUGCAAGUGUUUUCGCAAAGGAACCCGACCAGAUGGGCAUGUUUUUGGCACUCCCUGAAAUCUACAGGAGGGAGUACAUACUCAAGAUGCUCAAUGGUAUGUUGACUGAUCCUCAAAUCCUGUAUGAACGCAUCGUGCUUCAUUGCAAUAAUAGUUUCAGGCUUGGUUAUUCUGAAUGUCCGUGUCCAACAUUGGCAUUUUGGAUACAACAAAGUAGAACCUGUAGCCUACAUUCCUAUCAAUUAGACAAUUAG